AUGAUGCCCACGCCGGAAACCAAAGUACUGAAAGUAGAGUCCAUCUCAAGACUCGCCCAAUGGAGGAUUGACAAUUUCGGACCCUGCAAUUACUUAAAGUCCGAUGCUUUCAAGGUCGGAAUCUGGAACUGGCACUUUUCGAUAGAGAAGAAUCGGUAUCUGUAUAUUCGUUUGUUUCCGGAACAAUCGCGUUUGACUAAAGAACAGCCUCCUUUUGCUCGCUUUGUGCUUCGAAUUACGAGCUCCGCCUUUGGCCGCCAGCCUUGCGUCUCCCCCGUUUAUGAAAGACUGCUUCGCACACCGGAGGACUUUGCCUGGCCUGUUAAUUCCAGUUCCAGUGGUCCCUUCGUCAUUGAAUUAGAGUUUCUCGACCUGAAGAUAUCAACUAUGAAUGGUGGGGAGUCUACUCAUGUAUGGCCUACUGGUGGAUUGAUGCAGUCUUUGUCAACUCAAAGCACUCUGACAUGCCUCUCUCGAAUGUUUCAAGAGGGUAUCCAUGCCGAUGUCACCAUCAACACUGCGGAAGGCUCUUUGAAAGCUCACAAAGCAGUUCUUUCAGCAAAUUCUCCCGUGUUCCGGAGCAUGUUCAGUCACGACCUUAAAGAAACAGUGUCCUCCACAAUUGACAUAGAAGACAUGUCACUGGAAUCUUGUACGGCCCUUGUCAGUUAUUGGUAUGGAACCAUUAAACAAGAGGAUUUCUUGAAGCACCGGUUGGCACUUCUCAGCGCGGCAAACAAAUAUGACAUGUCAGACCUUAAAGAUGCUUGUGAGGAGAGCCUUAUGGAAGAUAUUAACUCUGGGAAUGUCCUGGAGAGGCUGCACGAGGCCGGAUUGUACCAACUGCCGAAGCUGAAGAAAGGGUGUUUGUUGUACUUGUUUCGUUUUGGCAAGAUAUAUGAUGUUAGACAGGAGUUAGAUGGCUUUUUCGAGUAUGCAGACAGAGAGUUGAUGACCGAAAUGUUUCAAGAAGUCCUUACAAGUUGGAAGCCUGCAUAAAUCACAGUGGGAGU